GUCAAAACCUCUAAAAAACUCUCUUACGUCUCUUACUGAAACAUACACGCCAUCGACCGAACUCUAUAAAAAUUUUUACAAUUUCAGUAAUUUAUUGAACCAAAAGCGUUGUUUCCUAUUAGACAAAGUCCCCAAAAUGAAGAUAAAAUUGGUGGAUCAAGUGGUCCGUAGCUUUAAGGUGGCAAAAGUAUUUCGAGAGAACACGGACAAAAUAAACGCUAUCGACUUUUCUCCCAACGGUGAACAUCUAAUAAGCUGCAGUGAAGACGAUCAAAUUGUUAUUUACGAUUGCGAGAAAGGCACCCAAACAAGAACAGUCAAUUCGAAAAAGUAUGGCGUGGAUCUAAUUCAUUUUACACACGGCAACAACACAGCGAUUCACAGUUCAACGAAAGUCGAUGACACCAUUCGUUAUUUGAGUCUACAUGACAACAAAUAUUUACGAUACUUUCCGGGACACACAAAAAAGGUCAUUUCGUUGUGCAUCUCACCGGUUGAAGAUACGUUUUUAUCUGGAUCAUUAGACAAAACGUUGCGGCUAUGGGAUCUGAGGUCGCCAAAUUGUCAAGGCGUCAUGCAUUUACCUGGCCGACCAGUAGCUGCAUACGAUCCGGAUGGGCUGAUUUUCGCGGCUGGUGUGAAUUCAGAAAGUAUUAAAUUGUACGAUUUGAGGUCCUUCGACAAGGGACCAUUUGUCACAUUCAAAUUAAAUCCGGAAAAAGAAUGCGACUGGACUGGACUUAAGUUCUCACGAGACGGGAAAACAAUACUAAUUAGUACGAACGGGUCAAUUAUACGUUUGGUUGAUGCUUUCCAUGGUACACCGCUUCAGACAUUUACAGGUCACCUGAACAAUAAGGGUAUACCAAUCGAAUCGUCGUUCAGUCCGGAUUCGCAGUUUAUAUUCUCGGGCAGUACCGAUGGUCGCGUUCAUGUCUGGAACGCUGAUACCGGGUAUAAAAUUUGUGUUCUGAAUGGCGAUCAUCCCGGUCCGGUUCAGUGCGUACAAUUCAAUCCAAAAUACAUGAUGUUGUCUUCAGCUUGCACGAAUAUGGCAUUCUGGUUACCGACUAUUGACGAUCCAGCGUUUAUCUGAGAGGUCACUUGAAUGACUUGAUAUGAACUUUUUUUUAUUAAAAAUAUUUGCGAGAAAA